CUUUUUUUGCCUCUCUUUCAAAAAUGAAGGAAAGGGAAGCACUUCUUGUGAUUUUGUUAGGGCUUCUCUGUUCCAGAAUUGCAGGUUAUACCUAUGAAAAAGAAUAUUCUGGAAGUAUACAACCUGGCGAACAAUAUGAAAGUAAAAUUGAGGUGCCUGGAUAUGAAGGUGCCGAAAAUUAUGGAACUGGGUAUAAUUACGGGCAAUCUGGUUACAAUGGUGGAGAAGCAUAUAAUUACGGCGGUCAAUAUGGGUACAACGGCGGCGCAGGAUAUAACUACGGUCAAUAUGGAUACAACGGUGGACAAGGAACCGGAUAUAAUUAUGGUCAAAACGGAUACAAUGGUGGCGAAGGAACCGGAUAUAAUUACGGUCAAUACGGAUACAACGGUGGCGAAGGAACCGGAUAUAAUUACGGUCAAUACGGAUACAACGGUGGCGAAGGUGCUGGAAACUAUCAAAAUGGGUACAAUUAUGGAAGCAAUGCUGGACAAGGAGAAACUUAUUACAAUAGUGAAACAUACGGAAAUCAAGGAGGAGCACAAAGUUCUGGAACGGGAUACAAUAGUGGUUAUAAUUAUGGAAGUGGUACCGGAGGAAGUGGUACAUAUCAGACUUCGUACAAUUAUGGAGGUUCUGGAUACAAUAUUAAUGAGGCUCCUCAUUAUUAUAUUGGAAAAUACAGCACUGGGACAGCAGGAGGUGCAGGUGGAGCAGGAGGAGCUGGGGGAACUGGAGGGGAAUCUUAUCAGAACUUGAAUGAAGGUUCUUAUUAUGGCACUGGUCCUUCUGGAACAGGUCAUUAUGUCGUGUCCAGGAUAGCCCCUUCUGGUGUAGCAGGGGAAGGCUGUGAUGAUGAAGAAGGAGAAGGGGGAACGAAAAGUUAUUACCAUGUAUACUAUUCCCCUCAUGUUGGUCAAAAUGAAAAUGGAGGACUAUAUUACAAUUAUAACCAAUAUUACAAUGGAAAUGCAGGAGAUGCAGGAGGAGCUGGUGGCGCAGGAGGUGCUAGUGGAACAGGAGGCUCCUUAGGAAAUGGAGAAACUUUCACUUUUAGUACAGGUCCACUGAAAUUUUACCCUUCAAAUGGAGGAGGAAUCUACAAGUAUACUUACAAUUCUGAAACUGGAGGAUCUGGAGGUUCUGCUGGCGGAACUGGAGGAAAUGGAGGAACUUAUUAUUACAACUAUAACUCAGGGUCUGAUGGCAAUGCUGCCGGAAGUGGAGGUAAUGGUGGCAAUGGAGGAACUUACUAUUAUAACUACAAUUCAGGAGAUGCGGGAGCUGCUGGUGGAGCUGGAGGUGCAGGAGGAGCUGGUGGUGCAGGAGGAGCUGGAGGUUCUGGUGGGUCAGGAGCCUACGAAGGAUAUGCAGGAAAUGGGGGAGCUGGUGGGAAUGGAGAAACCUUCAAUUUCAACUCAGGUCCUCUCACAUUUUAUCCGGAAAAUGGCGGUGGGACUUAUCAAUUUAAUUACAAUUCUGGAACUGGAGGUUCUGAAGGCACUGCUGUUGGAGCUGGAGGAAAUGGGGGAAGUGGAGGAGUAGCUGGCGGAGAUGGAGGUGCUGGAGGCGCAGGAGGUGCUGGUGGAGCAGGAGGUGCUGGCGGUGCAGGAAAUGCAGGUGGAGGAGGUGGCAAUGGAGGCGCUGGAGUUCCUGGGGGCAAUGGAGGAGGGUACCAAAUAACUUAUGACACAGGGCCAUUGACUUUCUAUCCAGGAGAAGGCGGGGGCAAUGUUCAAUUGCAUUAUGAAAUUGGGACAGGUGGUAACGCUGGGGGUCCUGGAGGAUCUGGCGAUGGAGGCGCAUAUAGUGGAGGCGGAGGUGAUGGAGGAGGUGGAAGCGGCGUAGCUUACCCUGGAUACUACGUUGGUCCAGGACAAUGUGUAUGUUAUGGGCCAGGUGGUGCAGGAGGUGGUGGAGAUGAAGGACCUGGAAGUGGAGGUAGCUCUGGAGGAGAUGGUGCAGAUGGACCUGGAAGUGGUGGAGGUUCAGGAGGAGGAGGAGCAGGAGGACUAGGAGGUGGUGGUGGCUCUGGAGGAGUUUCCGUGCCGAACACUGAGUUCUGAGGAGUGCGAACAAAGUCACCGACACAGAAAAGACAUCAACUUUUCUUACUGUUAAAGAAUGUGUGCAUCAUCAUAUGGAUUUUUGAAGAAAAACGGAGAACUGUACGUUAUUUUUUUUCUGUAAAAAACUGAGUAUUGGACAGAAUCUAAAGAAUACGAAUCAAACUUUGAAAUGGAAAAUGGAAGUAUCUAUUUUUAUCGCCUUGAAAAUCAUAUUUGCAAUGGAAAUAAUAAAUUAGUGCAUGGA